AUGGCCGACGCGGCCGAGGCCAAGGAGAGCGAUGGCGUGUUUGAGACGCUCAAAACGGCCUCGUUCUUCGCGCUCUGGGGGCCGGACGAGGCGCACCCCGAGGGCCCCGCUCUUUCCUUGUACCUUGACAUAGCGGCCACUCUUCGGAUCGCUGGCAACGUGGUGUUGGGCGGGGCCUUUGACAUGGCCGCCAAGCGACGAGCUUCAGGCGAUCAGGGACAACAGCAGCUCCACGACGAGACAUCUUCGAAACUGCGCGAGUGCGUGCGCUCCAGCAUGAGCAGGCUGCCCCAUUAUUCCCGAUACUCGCAAACGGGAACCGAACAGCUAGCCAGUGAUGACCCAAUUUACGAGCACCUGGCCCGUGAGUUUCAACGUACGACGGCGAGCCACCGUGGCCCUGAGCCGGGCGACCCGCAUCGUGACCCACCGCAAUUUGACGUCCUUCGCAUCCUCCGCGUGAAAGCCCCCCGGCUGCAGGAGAAGUACCUUGCCGAGGUCCAGGACAUAGCCGGUCUUUGCCAACGUGCCGUCACGAGCCUGACAGUCGACGCGCUCGAGGUGAGCAGUUUCGAUGGGCUGUCCAUGAACGAAUUCCUCAUGUACCACGGCGCGCCUUCAGAUCUCGUCGAGUCGCGCCUGCUCAUGCAGGGUCUUGACCCGCGCUACGCUGGCGAACACUUCGGCAAAUUAUUUGGCUCUGGGAUCUACCUUGCCACCAAUUCGUCCAAGAGUGACAUCUACACGAAGCCAAAUGCCGCAGGUGAGCGCUGCAUUCUUGUUGUACGCGCGUGCCUCGGCGAGGCCUACCUUUGCCCAGAGCCCAUGCGGCGCUCUCUUCGCCCGCCCGAGCGGCCCGACGGCCGCGGCGCGCUCUCGUCAGUCAUUGCGCUCACGACAACGGGCGGCGGCUGCGUGGAGCACCCUGAGUACAUCGUGUACAAGGAGUCGCAAACGCUGGUCGAGUAUGCUAUCUGGUACAAACAUCGCCCUUCCUGCCGCUGCACACAUUGCAUCCAGCUUCACGAGGAACGCCGAUUGUAUUUUCUGGACCGCUCGGGCCAGCAUUUUCUGGACGCUGCUCUCGUGCGCUUCCUGAAGCAGAAGCACGCAAUCACCGCUGGCGUGGAUGUGCCCUACACAAGCCUUGCCGAAAUGCAGCAGCACGACUUAGUUGGCCGCCAAUAUUUCGAACAGCAGGGCCUCUCAUUGUUCAGAUACAUUCCGUGA